CGCGUUAGAGAGGACACCGAAAUCUAGUUUGGUUUAAAACUGAAAAAAAGUGCUAUGUAGUUCCUUCGUUCCAUUAAAAUGAAAGACAGUUGGGAAGUGAAUUCAUAGCGGCUGUUAGUAGAUAUGGGAACGGGAGUUAGCCGCUCUCCAGCGAGCGGUGUCGGAGCGAACCCUCGCGCUGUUUACAUGGAUAGGCGAGCCAAACAAGUAAAACAGAAUUUAAAACUUGAUGUGCCAGUGUUAGUGGACAUUGAGCAUGGCUCAAUUCAUUACCGGUAUAGUCAGAAGGGAGGCAAAGCAGUGAGCCGGAGGAUUGAACAGCCACAUGAAGGAGAUGACAGAGUGAAGAAAGCUGACUACUUCUACCAUUCCAGAUUGCAGGAUUUUGGCAAAGAUGCUUCUUACAACAAGGAAAAUAACUGGAAAUUCUACUAUGUAUCAAAAGGCCCAAAUAGUGCCCACCAGAAGAAGGUAUAUUACGUGUUUGGGAAGGGGAAUAUCACCUCAGUGGAUGGCAAGGUCACCAAGCCGUCUGAGGUCAAAGACAUGGAUGAAUUUACCUGGCCCUCUGAACACAAACUCGCUCAUCCUACAGACAUGUUUUACACCCUUGAACUGCCAGAAGGUUAUGUGGAUGAUUCGGACACUGACUUGCUGCUGGAGGAUUUGGAUUCCACAGCUGAUAAAAGCCUGAUUGGAUUGACGUUAAACCACAACGACUCAGCUGAGGACUUGAAGAAAAGGCUGGCUGUCAAGAUUCUCAAAGCCGCAUCAAACAUCCACAUCUACUUCAUGGGACAGGAAUUAAGGAAUGAAGAUAUCAUUGGGGAUUUGAGAGAUGAAGAAAGGAGAGAUGCAUCUCUGUUCAAAGUUUUGCUGAAGAUUAUGUAGAUGAUUAUUGCUGAUGUGUUUAGUUGUUACAGCGACAUGUGUAUUCACGUAUUUAAAAGUACAGUGGAAAAAUGUACACUUUGAAAUACAUGUAUCAAAUGAUGACUGUCAUGAUUUUGUAAAAAUACCCUAAUAUCAUGAUUUUGUAUAAAUACCCUAUGUCAUGAUUUUGUAUAAAUACCUUACUAUCAUGAUUUUGUAUAAAUACCCUACUCUCAUCAUUGUGUAAGUCCAUAUAUGCAUUGAAAGCAUUGUGGCGUCCUUGGCUGAGGUGGUUAGCAUGCCAGAGAGGGGCAAUGACGCAGGAGCCUCUCACCAGUGCAGUCGCCGCGAGUUCAAGCCCAGCUUAUGCUGGCUUCCUCUCCUACUGAACAUGGGAAGGUUUGCCAACAACCUGCAGAUGGUUGUGGGUUUCCUCAGGGCUCUGUGCAUUUUCAUCCUGCUAUAUCGCUGGCAGCCGUCGUAUCAGUGAAAUAUUCUUGAGUGUGGCAUGAAACACCAAUCAAAUAAGUCAGAUAAAAAGAAAGCAUUACUGUUUGUGGGUAGAGCAUUUUUUUAUCUAUUUUUCAAUGUGUUGCAAAUGCAUUAUGAUUUCUGGAACAUACUUUUGCGUGUAUGGGUUGGAAAUAUUUCAGUUAUUGUAGACAAUUGGUGUUAUCAAGAACCCGUGGACAUGCACUUUGAAAGCAGAUAUAUUGAAGAGCUCAUUCAGUGCUUUGUGUAGAAUUGUUACUAUAGGUCUUCUGCAAUGUCAGCCAAUAUGCUAAUCCAUGUCAGAAAAGAGGGGUUUCGAUUUCGAAAUCUCCUAUCGCUAAAGGUAAAAAUAGUCCUACUGUAUCAUGUGACCUGUCACAAAUGUAAGGUAACUAUUGCGGGAUCACAUUUACUAUAGCCUUGGCAUCUGAAAAAAGUUUCUGAAAAAGUUGUUGAGAGCAGACAAAUCAUGGAGAAAGUUAAAGAGCUGAACGUUUGAGAACUAGAGACGUUCCUAAAGCAAAGAGAUGUCAUUUGUGCCUAUAGAACAGUCAGUGGGACAAGUGAUCUGUAAUUAAUGUCUACAAAGAGUGCCUGACAUUUUUCACAAGUCAUGAUACAGGGGAACUAUUUUUACCUUCAAUGACAAAGAGUUAGAACUUGAAACUCCUCUGUUGUGAAUCCGAUGAUCAAAGAUGUUUUUGGUUGAAAUGAUUUGCAGUACUGCAUAUAUUUCUACAGGUACGAGAUAUUACAUGUAGUUGUGCAUUGCUGAAUUUUGAUAAAGCUGUUUCUGUUUUAAUUUAUCAAUUAGUAAAGUGAAGGUACGUGUACAUCAUACUUAUAUAUACAAGUACAUGUAUCAUUCUAUGUGUUUGUACAAUGGUAAACAUUGCCCACCUGAACAAGUUAGUUCCAAGCUGUGUAUAAAACACAUCAUUCUCUGCUAAAAUAUGCAGUAGGCCCUGGGCCUAGUGCUUGUGAGAUAUGUGUGUUCUGACCACAACUAUAGACAGAAACAAUGACCUAUAUCAAAAAAAGGACAAAACUGUGCAGGGAUUGGACCCAAAAUGUUUAACUUUAGUAUGUAUAGCAUAAAAAUAGGUAUUCGUUCUUAAAUAUGAAUACGUCGAGAACAUAUUUUUGAGAUUUGAAAUAUAUGUACAUUAUAUUUUUCUUUUGAAAUGAGCAAAUUGCUCGCUGCUGGAAUAUGACCGAAUGAUAGCAUGUACCAAAUACAGUAUUAUAUGCAGUGGCUUGCACUAUGCUGAAAGCAAUAGAAAAACUCACUAAAUUUGGUCAUAUAUGGUAUUUAAUAUGCACACGCCGUAUCAACAAUGAAAUAUCCCCUUUGUGUUGUUGCGUUCUACAUGUGUGCAAAACCUGAGCUCAAUAAAUGCAAUACUUUUGAGAUGUC